UCCCCGGAUGCGGAAGUCGGGGGGGGAGGAGAAUGUGGAGUCUGCGGUUCGGCCGCUCCAUUAGGGGCGCUGCCUCGGGAGGAGCCUCGCACUGGGGCGGCCUUUCCCCGGGAAGCCGCUUCACGCAGGCUGGUGCGGGAGGGAGUGACGGCCGGCAGGAAGCGGCGGGGGACCCACGGCGGAGGGGCUGGGUCUACCAGAAUCCAACAUGGCAGCAUGCAGAACAGAGACCACUCCCUGAGAAAAAAGUAACUGUAGAGGUGCUUGAUCACCUGGAACGUCUGGCACUAGUUGACUUCCGCAACUGGGAGGGUGUACAACGGCUGGAGAAAGCAAUCCAAUUUGCUGAUCAACUUCAUGCUGUUAACACAGAAGGGGUAGAACCAAUGGAUUCAGUACUAGAGGACAGAUGUCUGUAUCUCAGAGAAGAUAACAUCACAGAAGGCAACUGCACUGAGGAGCUGCUGCAAAAUGCCAGAGAAACAGUUGAGGAAUAUUUCAUAGCCCCACCAGGUAACAUCCCUUUACCAAAGCUAGAGGAGCGAGAUACUUUUCUGCAAGUAUCCGAGUGAAAGUCAAGGUCUGGAAUGCCACUUCAGCUUUUAAGUCAUCUGUGACAAUUGACAUAUAUGCAACCAUGGCUGUGGAAUAUCUUGAUGCAAGUGUCUAAUCCCAAGAAUAACACCCUCACAUAAUUAUUUGA